AUGGCGACGAGGAAUCGAACCACGGUGUACAGGAAACACAGAGACGCGUGUAAGAGCGCGCGUGCUCCUUUGUCUGAUUCGUUCGGUGGUCCGGUGAUCGAAAUGGUCAGCGGCUCUUUUACUCAGUCCAAUCACUCCUCUUACGCUCCUUUGAGUACCAAUGAUCCUGGAACUUCAAGUAGCAAUGAUGCCUUUACAAUUGGUCUGCCACCAGCUUGGGUGGAUGACUCUGAGGAGAUCACUUUUAAUAUACAGAAGGUGAGAGACAAGAUGGGUGAGCUAGCCAAAGCUCAUUCAAAGGCUCUAAUGCCUACAUUUGGAGAUAACAGAGGGGAUCAUCGUGUAGUGGAGAUGCUAACUCAUGAAAUCACGGAUCUGUUGAGGAAGUCAGAGAAGAGGUUGCACAACUUAUCUACUAGAGAAGGACCUUCAGAAGAAUCUAAUCUCAGAAAAAAUGUGCAGCGUUCUCUUGCAACAGAUCUUCAGAGCCUCUCCAUGGAGCUCCGCAGAAAACAAUCUACUUAUUUGAAACGUCUCCAGCAGCAGAAAGAGGUCCUUUACCAAUUUUUUCAUGCGAGUUGA